CGCGUGCACGCGGGGAUGCGUGUGCGUGCGCAGGGGGGAGGAGCCCCGGAGGAGCGUGCGCGACGAUAUCUGGCUGCCGGGGAUCCGCAUCUUCUUUUCCCGCCGACACCGAGCAGGACGCGGCGCGGAUGUCUUCCCCCGCCGUGGAAGUUCAGUAGGCGGCGAAGCUUCUUCCCCUCAUGUUGUCCUUGGGAGACCCGCCGGACUUUCCUCGACGUGACCCAGCACCGAAUGACCAAAGCUGGCUGCUCGGGAACCAUGAAAAGGUGCUGGUGGGAGCCGCUCCUCCUCCUCCUUCUCGGCUUGCCGGGGCCCCUCGGGGCUGGGACCCCCACAAACAGCAGCCCGGAUGCGGGCACGACCGCGUUGCGCCCUCCGAACACCUCCGACCAAGUGAACACGGAGUACGAGUUGAGUUCUGCUUUUCCUUCCACGGAGAGUUUUCCUCCAUCCCAGCGGGACCUGCCGCUCACUCUCUCCCCGGACACUGAGCAACCACAAACCCUGAGAGAAACCAGCACCAGGUCCCAGGAGACCAUCGGUGCGUCCACCGAGAUGUUUACCUCCCCCACAGUCGGCCAGUCCUCCGAAACCAGCAGCAGCAGUAGUAGCGACUGGAGGGACUCCCCGCAAACACGACAUCUUCCCGACGUGUCACUCGGUAUCUCCGACCGAGCACCGUCUCCUCGGACGGUGACCGAGGAUCUGCCGCGGCACAGCCCGCGCUCCAGCGUGCGCACAGCGGAGCCCGCGUCGUCCCCGUGGCAGACCCAGGCCCUCACAGGCCGCACCUUCAACGCCACCGCCGUCAGCCGGGCUGGCGAGAGGACGCUGCUGUCUGACACCUCCUCCUCCUCCUCGGCGGUCACACGGGACUUCAGCUCCCAGCGGCCCCGCUCCACCUGGAGCGCCGCAUCCACCACGGAGACCGAGGACUACACCCACAGCGCCCCGUCCUUAACUGUGUCCUCGUCUUCAGAGCCUGACAGCCCAGAGACCCAAACUCUUGUUGGACCUGUAAAUGCCAGCCAGCACCAAUACAUCCCAACAUCGGAGGAGCCUUCACAGUCAAAACCCGGGAUCUCCAGCACAGACCCCAUCUCAUCCACGCCUCCCGCUGGACGCCCCACGCUCGCAUCAUACCCACAUUCCACCGUCCAGACCUCCACAGAAUUAUCCGCUGGAACCGGCAGCUUCAGCACUCGGAGGCACGAGGGCACGGAGAGUUCACCCGAGAGCAAAGAGGAAAGUGUGAGCUUUGUCGUCACCACAGCGCCCCCUCUGGUCAGCAGCACAACUACCCAUUAUGACUCUCAGAGGGAAACCACUGCAGUCUUCAUCGCCACGACAACAGUCACAGGAACUGACAGAUCCGAGGUAACAGAAGAGGAGACUGACAUGAGUCGGGAAUCGACCGCGUUCACCAGCGUCCGUCCGCUCCUCGCCACCUCCUCUUCCACGCUGGGCUCCACGCCACAGCCUUCCACCCAGGCCACCGUCUCCCCCACCACCGCCGCCCCGACUCCGCCCCGGCAGGUGUCUGCGGCACCCCCGGCUCUCGGCCGAGUUCCCACGGCGACGACCAAGACGACCCGGCCCGCCGACAUCACCACCUGGCAGCGCGGAACCAACGCGGGUGUCACCACGCCGCAAAGUCCACGCUCCGCUGACACGCACACCCGCACCAACCCCACGGAGCGCACAGAGGCUCCGCCCACCACACGGGUGCCCACAGACAGGGUGACCACAAAGGAAGUGGCAGCGUCAUCUCCCACUCACGUUCAGCCCACCAAGGCCGCGCCACCAAGAGACCCUUGUGUGUCAAACCCGUGUCUGAACGGGGGGAUGUGCGUGAGCUACGAGCACCGGGGGUUCAGGUGCGGCUGUCCCCAGGCCUGGACGGGCCCCACCUGCAACCAAGACAUGGAUGAGUGUGAGAAGGACCCCUGCCCUAUGGGCUCCACGUGCGUGAACACCAGGGGCUCCUUCAGCUGCGAAUGUCCGCUCGGCUUCGACCUGGAGGACGGACGUACUUGCACCAGAGCAAAAACGUUCCUGGGAACAUUCAGCCUGAACAAAGUGUCACAUGACAACCGAGUCCUCAAGAGCGCCACGUUGCACGAGAUCCAGAGAGAGCUUCUUCAGCUGCUCAACGCCUCCUUGUCCCUCCUCCGAGGUUACAGCCGCUCCACUCUCAGCAAGAAAUACAACACCCCCUCCAGAGAAGUGGACGGUAUUCGUAUCUCCGCCGUCAACAUGUUCUCUGUCUCCACUGACGUGACCAGCGCUGAAGUCUACAACAGCAUUCAGAUGUCUUUAAAAAACUGCACUUCUUGGCAGUCCCACUGCCGAGUGGUCCUGCACCACCGACUCACCUACCAGGUGGAGAGUCUUUGUCUGGCCCAGAAGAUUCCGUGCGACGGCGAGCGUUCCGCCUGCUCAGACGUCAACGGCAGCGCCCAGUGCCAGUGUCUGCAGGGCUACUACAAACACGACCCUGACGACCUGUCCUGCUUAGAAUGUGGCGAUGGCUACCGGCUGGAAAAUAACACCUGCGUCCCGUGCAUCUUUGGGUUUGGAGGAUUCAACUGUGGGAACUUCUACAAGCUGAUUGCUGUUGUCGUGUCGCCUGCAGGGGGCGUCCUGCUCCUUAUCCUCGUCAUCGCGCUCAUCGUCACUUGCUGCAAGAGGGAUAAGAACGACAUCAACAAGAUCAUCUUCAAGAGCGGAGACCUUCAGAUGUCUCCGUACGCCGACUUCCCCAAGAGCAACCGCAUCUCCACGGAGUGGGGGCGGGAGACCAUAGAGAUGCAGGAGAACGGCAGCACCAAGAACCUUCUGCAGAUGACCGACAUUUACUAUUCCCCCGCGCUACGGAACUCUGACUUGGAGAGAAACGGCCUGUACCCGUUCACAGGUCUGCCGGGGUCUCGCCACUCCUGCAUCUACCCCGCCCAGUGGAACCCGUCUUUCGUCAGCGACGAUUCCCGGCGAAGAGACUACUUCUAACCCGGGAAGUAUUCUUGCACCCUCGCAGUCAUUGAGUACUUGUGACUUCAGAUUACUAAAGUGCACUCUUUUGCAAGUCAAA